AUGGUUGACUUAACAGGAACACGUUCCAUCGGAGAGAUGGAUACAGCUGAAUUGCUCGACUUAUUGAGUAAAGUGACGCGCACUCUUAAAAACCGAAAGGCUUUUCCGGAAGUGGUCGAGGAUGAGGGUACCAAUGAAGUGCUUUCUGAUUCCAACACCGAAACAGAAGAUAUAUAUGAGGAUGAAUUUACACUACCUCCACCUCCAUGCUUUCAUGGUGGCCGUGGUCCUAGAGGUUUUCCUUUUCCACCACCACCACCACCACCUUUUCUAGAGAUGGGCUUCGAGGGAAUGCCACCACCACCACCACCUCCACCUCCACCAUUUUCAAUACCCGGCGUUAACAUAUUCAUGACUGCUCCACCUCCUCCUCCAUUUGGAAGUCAUCACCAUCACGGUUUUGAAGGGUUUGGAGAACCACAAGAACCAAGAGGUCCUAGAUGUCCAAGAGGAUCGAGAGGAAGAUGGGGAUCAAGAGGACCAAGAGGACCACCAAGAAGAUCAAGAGGUCCAGGAGGUCCAAGAGAUCCAAGAGAUCCAAGAGAUCCAAGAGGUCCAAGAGGUCCAAGAGGCCCAAAGGGUCCAAGAGAUCCAAGAGAAAUUUCAAAAAGACCAAUGGGACCUUGGGAGCCUCCUAUGGAUUAUGAUUUCUACUCAAUCCCACCACCUUAUCCAUUCGAACCAUUUGACGGCGGUGAAAGGAAAUUCCAUCAACAUCGAGGACCAGCGGAAUACUGCGGGAGGGGGAGAGCUACCGGUCCAGGAAACUCAGGAUUCUCCGGUAGUUCAGGUGGCAGUGGUCCUAAUGCGCCUAGCGGGUCCCAUACAGACACUCUAACCACCAAUACAUCAUCCCCAACGAUAUCAGCAUUGGCUUCGUCGAACCCUGGACUUCUUGCCAAGCUCUCAGAUAGACUCAAGCUGUACGAUGACAUCCUUCACAGACUCUUACCGGACAUUAAACUCACAGAUCUCAACGAUAAUCCUCAACCGAUCAAUCCCAUGAAGCUUAUGGCUGCUCUGAACAAAAUCCGAGAGACCAAUCAGAACGACUCUCUUUCUGGCAGUAAAGCGAUAGCUCACACAUAUGAUUUAUUACCCGAAAUCCCUGUGCCGUACAUUCCUACAGUUAAAAUGCCAUUUGGCGGUACUAAAGGUUCACCAGGCAUGCAGGGCGCCAAGAGCAUACAGGGUACCCAAGCCAUUAAACCCGCACAGGUCACUUCAGGAUUGGACAAUUUUCCUUUCUCAGCAGUGUCCAAAGCUGUGGCCCUUACCCCAGUCGGUUCUUCGUCUUGCAUAAACUCCGAUGAUUCAUCCAUCGGUCGCGAGAUUAAGAUCAUUCUCCCUUCCAGAGAGGUGGCUUUAGAGCUUAUAGCAAAAACCUGGAGUAGUGCAUGCGUUUUAUUUCGGUUUUACCACCGUCCAGCAUUCAUCGAGGACCUUAAUGAACUUUACGACAUUGAUCCGUCUCAAUACACUAACAAGCAACAGAGAUUUUUACCUCUUGUCUAUUCCGUACUGGCAUGUGGUGCUCUUUUCUUCAAGAGUGAUGAAAUGACUUCUGGCAUCUCUACCCGAAAGGAAGCAGGACCUAAGGUGGAAGACGUGGAAGAUGAGGGCUACCGUUAUUUCACUGCUGCAAGAAAACUUAUUGAUAUUACUGAUACAAGAGACACAUUUGGUAUUCAGACAAUUGUGAUGCUUAUAAUUUUCUUGCAAUGCUCCGCCAGACUUUCCACCUGCUAUGCCUACAUUGGCAUUGCGCUUCGGGCUGCCUUAAGGGAAGGUCUACAUAGAAAAUUAGACUAUCCGUUCAAUGCCAUUGAGUUAGAGACUAGAAAGCGACUUUUUUGGACUCUAUACAAGAUGGAUAUAUACGUCAACACAAUGUUGGGAUUACCUCGAACCAUCAGCGAGGAUGAUUUUGAUCAGGAACUUCCGAUUGAGCUCGAUGACGAAAACAUUACUAUUACUGGUUAUCGCUAUGAGAGGCAAGGCAGUAGACUGUCCAGUUCCGGUAUUGCCAAUGCACAUACCAAGUUAAUGCUCAUCAUGGGCCAUAUAGUGGCCAAGUUGUAUCCAGUGAAAAGGAAGAGCGCUCCACCAAAAAGUAGAAGUUUUGCCAGAGCUAUUCAAGGCCAUCCAGGCAUGGCACAUGAUAUUGUCUCCGAGCUUGAAAUGGAGCUUCAGAAAUGGCUCGACUCACUACCUAUGGAACUUAAACCUGGUAUGGAGCCUCCCGAGCAGUACCUUAAGGCAAAUAGACUGCUUCACAUGUCGUAUUUACAUGUCAGAAUUAUCUUAUACCGCCCUUUCAUCCAUUAUAUUGCGGCCGGUGGAAGAGCGGCUUCUGAUAUCGAGGGAUCUACGGCAUCCCUAUCAAAGGCACAAAAUUGUAUCAAUGUAGCCCGUGUUGUUGUGAAGUUGGCGGAGGAUAUGAUUGAGAGACACUUACUCAGUGGCUCGUAUUGGUUUUCUAUUUACACCAUCUUCUUUUCCGUGGCAUGUCUAGUGUACUACGUUCACUAUGCUCCUUCGUUGAGUGCAGAUGGCAAUUUGGAUCCAAAUUAUUUGGCUGUUAAAAAGGAUGCAGAAUCCGGGAAAAAAGUGCUAGAUCAGUUGAAAGACAGUUCCACUGCUGCACGCCGAACGUACAACAUUCUCAACGCCUUGUUUGAGCAGAUGAACGGACGAACAGCCGGAUCCAGUCAUAGCGAAGAAUCAUUUGUUACUCCUCGGAUGGGAAGAUGGAAACAGAAAGAGAGUGGGCCUCGUGAAUCAGUUGGAUCUCCUAGAGAUUUUCCUCUGUCCUACUCUGCUGUCGAUGCCGCGUCUCACAAGCUUCCUAAUGAGCAGAUCAACAAGAUCAUCAAUGGUGUGAAUUUCAUCGACGGUGUUCCUACUGGGAUUAAUCUGGCAACAGCCAGUCUUGCUGAGCAGGGAGCAGGAAGAAAUGCAUGUGUAGGGCCUCCUGCGGCAACUUCUUCGAGAGUGAAAACAGCUAAUGCGGCUGCACUUUCUUCAUCUGCGGAUAUUCAGUCAUCUUACAACUCGUCCACGCUGCCAUUUGAGCCUGCUACACCUUUUGCACCACCUUCAGUGGUUGGAGAGAACGAUCCUUUGGGGACAUCUUCAAUCGACUCUCAGUAUGUUCCUGGUCCGAUGGAUCAACUGGAUAUGAAGAUAUUCGGACGAUUUUUACCCCCUUAUAUGCUGAGCCAAUCGGUUGGCCAUCCACAGAUCCAGAGUAUUCAGGAGUCUGGUACAGAUUCCAUGCAACCAUUGCCUGCUGGUACAGAACGAGAUUCUUUUGAUGCAAACGCUUCUGCUUCCUUGAUGAACAGGCCGCAGGAUGUGGCCGCGUUUCUACCCUACGAUGGACAACAGGAUAGCAUAUUUGAACAGCCCACAUCGGCCAUUCCUUCUGGCCUUUCCACGGUGGUUCAAUCGGAACAACAGAGAGAACAGGAUCAGCAGAAACUUCAACAGGAGGGAGACUCUGUAGCUUUUUCUUCAACGGCCUCACCAACAGAGACACCACCUCUUGACAGUAACUUUGCAGACUUCCUAUUCGAUGAUUUCUUCGACAAUAAAAGGACGAGAAGGGACAAACAGUGA